UGGGCCCUUUCCAUUAAGAUUUUGUGAGGCGGAGAAAGAAGUCGCUCUAUUUUCUCCCUCACCGGACGUCGCUUCAGUCCGGCCCUGGUUUGUUGGGUUGGCUCCUAAAUCCUAAUCAUAUUAAAUUACAAAUUAAAAAACAAGCAUUGAUGGCUUCUUUAGCCAUUGUUCAUAGCUUCUGCUCCGUAUUACCUUCCCGCUCUCUCAAAAACCAAACCCUAACACUGACUACCCAUUCCCGGUUUCUUUCCUCUGCUUCCUUUCUAAAACUCAACCAGCAAUCACUUCUCCUUCCGAAAUUUCGACUUCUCAAGCCCACACCUCGCAAUUCUAGGUGCGCUCCCGUCGUCUUCGCCGCUCAGUUUGAUUUCUUUAAAGUUAUUCAAACAGCAUGGAAGGUUGGGAAGGAUGGUGUUGAAGCAGGAACUAAUCUGGUGCCUGACUCUGUACCAAGACCAAUUGCAAGGAUUUCAGUAACAGUUGUAGCACUGGCCAUUUCACUUUUUAUGCUGAAGUCAUUUCUAUCUACGGCUUUCUUUGCUCUGGCUACAAUGGGAUUCGUAUAUUUCAUCUUCAUUGCCUUGAACAAGGAUAAAGGACCAAGAGGUGGUGGAGAUUCAGAUUCUUCAGAGGAUCCUUUAGAAGAAGCCAGAAGAAUAAUGGAUAAGUACAAGUAACAAUGGUGUGAUUGACAAAUUUCCAUGUGUUAGACUUGCCCUAUUAGCAGCGAGCAUGCACUUAGAAGAGGAAACUGAAUUAUUUAUAUAUACUAGACAUAUAUCUUUUGAGUCA